UUGAUUGGUCAUCAUAGCUGCCGCCAUGGUUUUCGAAUAUUCAAACGGGGAUUGAGUUAUUCAGUCGGGGCACGUUAGAGCAGCCAGGCAGCUAAGCAAAUUAUUUUUAGGAGUCCGGUUAGCUAGUCGUGAACGCAUUAUUUUAGAUAUCGCAAGCGCCGGAGUUAUCAAUAGAUAUAAGAAGAAUGGCUGAACCACUGAAGCAGGCCUUUGAAAACAAGCCGGCACAACAGACAAAGAAAGAUCUGAAGCGGCUGUCAGUGGAGAGGAUCUAUCAGAAAAAGACGCAGUUGGAGCACAUUUUGCUCCGGCCGGACUCCUAUAUAGGCUCUGUUGAGCCUGUCACCCAACAAAUGUGGGUGUAUGAUGAGGAUGUUGGACUGAACUGCCGUGAUGUGACAUUUGUACCUGGGCUUUACAAGAUUUUUGAUGAGAUCCUUGUAAAUGCAGCUGACAAUAAGCAGAGGGAUAAGAGCAUGUCCUGCAUCAAGGUCAACAUUGAUGUUGAAAACAACACAAUCAGUGUAUGGAAUAAUGGGAAGGGUAUUCCUGUGGUGGAGCACAAGGUGGAGAAGGUCUAUGUACCUGCUCUGAUCUUUGGACAGCUCCUCACCUCAAGCAACUAUGAUGAUGAGGAGAAGAAAGUCACUGGUGGACGUAAUGGAUAUGGUGCUAAACUUUGCAACAUCUUUAGCACAAAGUUCACCGUGGAGACUGCUUGUAAAGAGUCAAGGAAGGUCUUCAAGCAGACUUGGUAUGACAACAUGGGCCGGGCAGGGGAUGCUAGCAUCAAACCUUUUGAGGGAGAGGAAUACACCUGCAUCACCUUCAGGCCAGAUCUGCCCAAGUUUAAAAUGAGUAUUUUGGACAAGGACACAGUGGCUCUGAUGACCAGGAGGGCCUACGACAUCGCUGGGUCUUCCAAGGGUGUUCGUGUGUUCUUCAAUAGCAAGAAGCUGCCAGUUACAGGUUUCCGUAGCUACGUGGACAUGUAUGUGAAAGACAAGGUGGAUGAGCUUGGUGAAGCCCUCACUGUGGUCCACGAGAUUGUCAACGAGCGGUGGGAGGUGUGCCUCACCAUGAGUGAGAAAGGUUUCCAGCAAGUCAGCUUUGUCAACAGUAUUGCUACGACCAAGGGAGGGAGACACGUUGACUAUGUGGCUGACCAGGUGGUUGGGAAGCUCAUUGAAGUCGUGAAGAAGAAGAAUAAAGCUGGGGUGGCAGUCAAACCUUUCCAGGUGAAGAACCACAUGUGGCUGUUUGUCAACUGCCUGAUCGAAAACCCCACCUUUGACUCUCAGACCAAAGAGAACAUGACACUGCAGCAGAAGAGCUUUGGAUCCACUUGUUCUCUCGGUGACAAGUUCAUUAAGCAGGCCACAUCCUGUGGAAUUGUGGAAAGCAUCAUGAACUGGGUGAAGUUCAAGGCUCAGACCCAGCUCAACAAGAAAUGCUCAGCUGUUAAACACACAAAAAUCAAAGGUGUGCCUAAACUGGAUGACGCCAAUGAUGCAGGUGGAAGGAACUCCAUCGGCUGCACACUGAUCCUUACUGAGGGAGACUCAGCCAAGACACUGGCUGUGUCUGGGCUGGGAGUGGUUGGUAGGGACCGCUACGGCGUCUUCCCGCUCAGAGGGAAAAUGCUCAACGUCCGGGAGGCCUCAUACAAACAGAUUAUGGACAACGCUGAGAUAAACAACAUCAUUAAGAUCCUCGGGCUUCAGUACAAGAAGAACUACAGUGACCCAGAAUCCCUCAAGAGUCUGCGUUAUGGCAAGAUCAUGAUCAUGACAGAUCAGGAUCAAGAUGGAUCCCACAUUAAGGGCUUGCUCAUCAACUUCAUCCACCAUAACUGGCCAUCUUUGCUGCACCACAACUUCCUGGAAGAGUUCAUCACCCCCAUCAUCAAGGCAUCUUACAAGAAAACUCAGCUGUCUUUCUACAGUAUCCCUGAAUUUAAUGCAUGGAAGGAGAGCCAGCCCAAUCACAAAUCUUGGAAAGUCAAAUACUACAAAGGUUUGGGAACCAGCACAUCGCAGGAAGCCAAGGAGUACUUCUCUGAUAUGCAGAGACACCGUAUCCCAUUCAAGUACUCUGGGCCUGAAGACGAUGAAGCUAUCACCCUUGUAAGUUGUUUAAGAUGUGUCGAGGAGCGCAAAGAGUGGCUGACCAACUUCAUGAUCAACAGGCGCCAGCGCAGGGAACACAACCUGCCCGAGGAGUACCUGUAUGGUCAGUCCACCAAGCAUCUCUCCUACAAUGACUUUGUUAAUAAGGAGCUGGUACUUUUCUCCAACUCUGACAAUGAGAGGUCCAUUCCCUGCUUGGUGGAUGGUCUGAAGCCUGGCCAGAGAAAGGUGCUGUUCUGUUGCUUCAAGAGAAAUGACAAGCGGGAAGUGAAGGUGGCCCAGCUGGCUGGCUCAGUGGCUGAGAUGUCAGCCUACCACCACGGAGAGGCCUCUCUGAUGAUGACCAUUAUUGGUUUGGCCCAGAACUUUGUGGGAAGCAACAAUUUGAACCUGUUGCAGCCUCUUGGUCAGUUUGGCACCAGGUUGCAUGGUGGCAAGGACUCUGCCAGUCCUCGAUACAUCUUCACCAUGCUCAGCUCUCUGGCCCGCCUUGUUUUCCCGCCUGUGGACGACAACCUGCUCAAGUACAAUUAUGACGACAACCAGCGUGUAGAGCCUGAGUGGUACAUACCCAUCAUUCCCACUGUGCUGGUGAAUGGCGCCGAAGGUAUUGGCACAGGCUGGGCCAGCAAGAUCCCCAAUUACGAUAUACGUGAGAUUAUCAGUAACAUCCACCGUAUGCUCAAUGGCGAGGAGCCUCUGUCCAUGCUUCCAAACUACAAAGGUUUCCGAGGCACAAUUGAUCAGGUGAUGGAUAACCAGUACAUGAACAAUGGAGAGGUGGCUAUCAUUGAUUCCACCACCAUUGAGAUCUCUGAGUUGCCUGUAAAAUCCUGGACACAGGCCUUCAAGGAGAAUGUGCUGGAGCCAAUGUUGAAUGGUACAGAGAAAGUCCCUCCUCUGAUCACAGACUACAAGGACUACCACACAGACACCACUGUGCGCUUUGUGGUCAAGAUGACGGAAGAGAAGCUGAGGGAGGCAGAAGCUGCUGGCCUCCAUAAAGUCUUCAAACUGCAGAGCCCCCUCACCUGCAACUCCAUGGUUCUUUUUGACCACGUGGGCAGCCUGAAGAAGUACGAGUCUGUGCAGGAUAUUCUCAAGGACUUCUUUGAGUUGAGGAUGAAGUAUUACGUGCUGAGAAAGGACUGGCUGGCCGGCAUGCUGGGUGCAGAGAGCGCAAAGCUCACCAACCAGGCCCGCUUCAUCCUGGAGAAAAUCGAGGGCACCUUGGUUAUUGAGAACAAGCCGAAGAAGGAACUGAUUCGCAUGCUGCAGCAGAUGGGCUAUGACUCUGACCCAGUCAAAGCUUGGAAACAGGCUCAAGAGAAAAAUGAGGAAGAGAUGGAGGAGGAAGAGGAGGAGGAAGGAACAGAGAAGGAGGACACCAGUGGGCCAGACUACAACUACCUGCUGAGCAUGCCCAUGUGGUUCUUGACUAAAGAGAAGAAGGAGGAGCUGUGUAAACAGAGGGAUGCUAAGAUGACAGAGCUGAACACCCUGAAGAAGAAGACCCCAGCAGACUUGUGGAGGGAAGACCUGGCUGCUUUCUUAGAGGAACUGACGAACGUUGAGGCAAAAGAAAAGGAGAAUGCUGCCAUGCCUAGUGCAAAGGGGACUGGAAAAGGCAAAUCGAAGGUGAAGGUCAAGACAGAAACUCUGCCCACGCCCCAGGGUCGCCGUGUCAUCCCACGUGUUACCAGCGCCAUGAAAGCUGAAGCUAAUAGGAAGGCUGAUCUUAAGAAAGGAGAAGGCAAGAAGGGCAGGAAAGUUAAGGGUGAAAAUGUAGUGGUAAAGAUGGAGUUUGGAGAAGAUGCAGAGAACGCAGAGCCGGCUGAGGACCUCGGCCUGGUGGCACGACUGACUAAGAAGACUAAGACCCAGGCAAAGGAAAAAGUAUCCAAAACAGGCAAGCAGACCACGCUGCAGUUCAAGCCUGUUGCCAAGAAGCCCAAGAAGAACCCGUGGUCAGAGGACGAGUCUGACGAGCUAUCCAACAGUGAAAUGGAAACAGAGGAGGUGUUUGCCCCCAGGGAGCGGGCUGAACGCAAAACUAAAGGUGCUGUGAAAUACAGUAUGUCUGACAGUGAAGAGGAAUUUGAUGACUGGGGGAAGAAGGAUGCUCCGAAACAGACAGGAGUUAUCAGUGAUGAUGAUGAUGAUGAUGAUGCAAGUUUUGCCCCAGAGCCCAGUGGCAUGGCUGACAGUGAUGUGGACUCUCCAGCUCCACCUCCCAAACCUGCAGAGCCCACGAAGAAAGUUGCAAAGAGCAAACCAGCAAAAAAAGUAGCUGAAGCCAAGUCAAGUUCUCAGUCAGAUGAUCAUGAUCAAAUGCAGCCAUCCAAGGCUCCAGUUAAAAGUAAAACCAAGGAGACCGCACCCAAGAAAGCUGCUGCUUCCAAGAAACCAGCUGCACCAAAGAAGAAGGCUGCAGAUGUGAAGCAGCCGUCUAUCCUAGAUGUUCUCGCUAAGCCCAAACCUUCAUCCAACACCGCUGUCAAGAAGGUCCCUUCAUUUGACUCCAGUGACUCAGAAGGUGAAGCUAGACCUCCAGUAACAAAAGCAAAGCCUGUUCUCAAACGGAAGCAGGCAGUCAGUGACGAGUCCGACAGCAGCUCAGAUAACCUCAUGUCACGCCUGAUGACCAAAGCAACUGCUGGCAGCAAGAAAACAAAGAAGUGGGAAGAGGACGACAGCUUCCAGGUUUCAGACUCAGAAGCAGCAGCUCCUGUAGAGGCGGCGCCGCGGAACAAACCCUCACGUGCCCGUAAACCUGUAACCUACCAAAUGGACUCCAGUUCAGAAGACUUUUAAAAUUUAGCCUCUGAGUCAGAGUUCAUUUUGUGCUAAAGACAGUGUUUUUAAUAAGCAUGUAGCUUGUGCCAUGUGAUGAAUAUGGCUUCGGUUUCAUUGAAACAUGGUCGCAGUUACACUUGACAGGACCUUAGACCUCACCUUACUAUGUUCUGAAAUUCUUGUUCAUUUUAGUGGAAGAAAAGUGUUGUUGUAAAAUAAAGUCACUUUGUGUGCUUCCGGUUCUUAGACACAGAUAUGUGUGCAAGUGUAGUUUUAGCUGUAAAUUUACUUAGUUCUGUGUAUUUUUUCUAAUGAACUUGUCUGUGUCUUGUAAAUAUUUCACUGAACAUUUUAGGUUUUUGUAAAAUAAAACUACCUUUGUGUAUUGUUA